AUGUUUGGCGCAAACUCCAUUAUUAAAAAAAAGUCACCUAGUACUCAUCUUCAUCAUUCUGCCCCACGUGUAACACCUGCCCCGAGUCAAUUUAUCAACCACAUCCCAAAAUCCAAGCGCAUUAAUCCUGUGAGUGACUCAGGAGCUCAUCUACGGUUCCAAGAUUCUAAUAAAAUUCAGAUCGCAAAAAUGGAUGCAUCAAAGGUCCCCGUCAAGCUCGUUAAGGUCACCCGUGUUUUGGGCAGAACCGGUUCCCGUGGAGGUGUUACUCAAGUCAGAGUUGAGUUCAUGGACGAUACCACCCGUUCCAUCAUCCGUAACGUCAAGGGCCCAGUCCGUGAAGAUGACAUCCUCUGCUUACUCGAAUCUGAGCGUGAGGCUAGAAGAUUGAGAUAAAUUGUUGGUCAUAGUUAUCGAAUGAUGGGAGCAUUGGGAAUUUCUUCAUGCAUUCAGGUGCAGGCUUUUGCUACGGCUAUGGGCUGGAUGUACGUUUGAUGAAUAUGGAUGGAUCAGUUCAAGGAAAUACUUUCACCACAAAAUAACACGAUCGAUGAAUUCCCGGUACCUUAUUUCUACGACAAUGUGCAAAUCUUGAGACGUGAGAGAAUCAUUCUUGUGGCCUCGGGGGUGAUUUGGAGGAUUUGGAUCACGGACUGCCGCAGUUUCA